AUGCCAAUGUGUCUACGCCUCUGCCUGAACUCCGCCACUGGGUUGUGCGCCUCUACGCCUUCCCGACAAGAGACGAAUAAAGACAUUAGCAGAAUAGGGGGUCUAACGUUUUCAGAAAUUGAUAAAACCACAAUUUUAGAGUUUGAGGCGCGAUUUGAAAGGUAUCAGGGUAUUUUAAGUGAGUUCGACGGGGUGCAGGAAAAAAUUGAAUUGUGUAAAGAUGAUGAUGAGUUUUAUGAACAACAAACACAAGAAAGAGAACAAUUUGAGCAAACGUAUUUUCAGUUAAUUAGCAAGGGCAAAAGUUUUUUAGACGAUUAUCACCAAGAUAUAAAACAAAAUAAUGACAAUUAUUCAGACACAAAUUCUAAUCAUUCUAGAGUAUCAAAUCAUGAUUCGAGGCAGACGGAAAACGUGAAACUUCCUGAAAUAAAACUUCCGAAGUUUUCUGGUCAGUACGAAAACUGGCUAGAAUUCAGGGAUACAUUCGACUCUUUGAUCAAUAGUAACAACAAUCUAUCAAAAAUUCAGAAGUUUCACUACUUACGAUCUGCUUUGGAAUCAAGUGCCGCUCAGGUUAUAACCUCAAUUGAAUUUUGUGCAGAUAAUUAUACAGUCGCUUGGGACACUCUAUUGGCAAGAUUUAACAAUGGUGGUGUCUUGGUAUAUAAUCAUGUUAAGUCCAUUUUUGACAUGCAACCAUUAAAUUUUGAGUCAGCGGUUGAGUUAAGAAGAAUAUUAGACUCUUUAGCCAAGCACUUAAGAGCUUUAAAAAUUUUAAAACAGCCAACAGAAUCGUGGGAUACGUUAUUAAUCUAUAUUAUUACUAACAAAUUAGACAAGAAAACCUCUCGCGAAUGGGAAGAGAGGCGAGUUAAGUUGUGUGCCAAUCAAGGCCAGUCAAGUUCAGAUAGCAUUAAUUUACCAACUUUGAUAGAUUUUAAAAAUUUUCUAAAACAAAAGGCCGAUUUAUUAGAAACUCUAAAUUUAAUGUCAGAUAAACCAGUAAAGAGCUCACGAUCCACACACUUAGCGUACAAAACAGACCAACAAGUUUCUAAUAAUGAAUCACAAGCAAAACCCGUCUCUCAGAAAAAUAUACAGUGUGUUUUUUGCAAAAGUUCCUCUCAUUUUAUUCAUAAUUGUACAAAGUUUCUUGAACUGUGUGUUAACGAUAGAAUCGAAAAGGUCAGAAGUCUUAAACUAUGCACAAAUUGUUUGCGUGGUAAUCAUUUUAGCAAAAAUUGUUUUGCUGGAAACUGUAGAAAAUGUAGGGGUCGGCAUAACACGUUGCUACAUUUGGUAACGAAAUCAGGUGAGAGAACAAGGGGGGAUGAACAAAAUGGUGCUGGGGAUAGUAGAACCACAGAUCAAACAAAAGUUUUUAAUUGCGCUUCAAAUAGACAAAAUUCAUGCGAAAGUACGAUUCUAUUGUCUACGGCUCUUAUUCAAGUGUUGUCACGGUCGGGGGAGUGGCAAGAAUGUAGAGUUUUGCUAGAUUCUGCAUCCCAAUCUAACUUUGUAACAAAAGAAUGUUGUGAUAGGUUGGGGUUGGAGACUUCAAGGGCAAAUAUCUCGGUAGUAGGAAUUAACCAAGCAAUCUCUGACGUAAAUCAAAUGUGCCAAAUCUCCUUACGAUCCAUGUCAAAUUCUUUCAAAUCAGAAGUUUCAUGUUUAGUAAUACCAGUUAUCAAUAAUUUUGUGCCUGAGCUAUCAUUUGAUAGUUCCGAUCUCAAUAUUCCAAAAAAUCUUCGUUUGGCUGAUCCUAGAUUUAACAAAUCAAACAAAAUCGAUAUUCUUCUUGGAGCUAGUAUUUUCUAUGAUCUUUUGUGCAUUGGUCAAGUAAGGUUAGGAAAUGGUAAGCCUACCUUACAAAAAUCCGUACUAGGUUGGCUAGUAUCAGGUUCAGUAUCGUCACCACCUAACUCAAAAACUAUUUGUAAGCAUGUCUCAAACUUAGAACUUCAGAAUCAAAUUAAGGCAUUCUGGGAAGUCGAGGAAAUCCAAUCAAAGCAAAGUACCCUUUCUGAGCAAGAAAAACAAUGCGAGGAGUUGUUUCAAAAAACUACUCGACGUGAUCGCGAUGGCAGAUUUAUCGUACAAAUACCUUUUCAAAAGUCUCCUUCAUUGUUGGGUGAAUCACGUGAGGUUGCUCAGAAGCGUUUGUGUUCGGUUCAGUUUAAGCUGUCCAAGGAUUCUACAAUGAAGCAACAUUAUACAGAUUUCAUGCAAGAAUAUCUGGAACUUGGUCACAUGCAACUUUCAAAGUCUAAUUCUGAACAAGGUUAUUUUUUACCUCAUCACGGGGUCUUUAAGGAACAAAAUCAAACGACAAAAUUACGAGUUGUAUUCGACGCCUCGGCGCGUACAGAUUCAGGUCUGUCGCUAAAUGAGUUACAAUGCGUGGGGCCGACAAUACAGGAUGACUUAGUGUCUAUUUUGUUGCGAUUCAGGCAAUAUCAGGUAGUCGUUUGUGCAGAUAUCAUCAAAAUGUAUCGGCAGAUACUAAUUGAUCCAUCUCAGCGAUGUUUCCAGAAGAUUCUGUGGGGUAUAAGUUCUAACGAACCAGUUCAAGAGUAUGAGCUAAACACGGUUACCUAUGGCAUGGCCUCCUCUCCUUGGUUGAGUGUUAGAUGUCUUAAGCAAUUAGCAUUAGAAAAUUCAGAUGUUUAUCCCAGAAGUUCUGAGAUAAUAUCAAAAGACUUUUAUAUGGACGAUCUGUUCACUGGCGGUGACACGCCUGGUGAGGUGAUCAAAAUUUGUAGCGAAGUAACCGAUAUUCUUCAGUCAGGCUGCUUUCCUUUGCAAAAGUGGGCUUCUAAUAACUCAGAAGUAUUAAAGCAUGUUAAAGCAUCAAAUCCGUCAGCCAUUUUUAAACUUGGUGAUGGCGAAAAAACAAAAACUUUAGGUAUAUUUUGGGCUUCAUCUGAAGAUCUCCUUAGGUAUCACAUCAGUAAUCCUUCUUCCAAAGCCAUAACUAAGCGAACUGUGUUAUCUGACAUUGCCCAGAUCUUUGACCCCUUGGGUUUACUGGGUCCGUGUGUUGUGAUUGGAAAAAUCAUAAUGCAGAAGUUAUGGAUUCUUAAGGUAUCGUGGGAUGAAAGUCUACCCUCCGAUUUAGACACAAAAUGGAGAUUGUUUCGUAGGCAGCUUCUAGAGUUAAACAAGGUCGAACUUCCUAGAUGUGUUAUAUGUCAUUCUAGCAAGGAAAUUCAAAUUCAUGGUUUCUCCGACGCAUCUACGGAAGCCUACGGGGCUUGCAUAUAUAUUCGUAGUUCAAACAGCAUGGGCGAUGUUUUCGUUAGGCUUCUGUGUGCUAAAACUAGAGUAGCACCACUAAAAUCUCUCACAAUUCCUCGACUCGAGCUAUGCGGAGCAUUAUUGCUCGCCCAACUGUUUGACAAGGUCAAAUCUUCUUUAAAUUUAAGUUUUACAAGGCAAUAUUUCUGGAGUGAUUCCAGUAUCUGUAUAGCAUGGAUAAAAACAGAGCCUCGUCUAUUGCAAGUAUUUGUACAAAACAGAGUUAGUCAAAUUCAAAAUAUCAUCAAUCCAAUAGACUGGAGGCAUAUAUCAGGCAAGGAUAAUCCAGCAGAUUUAUUAUCUCGUGGAGUAAAUCCUUCGGAACUUGAAGCGAUGAGUUUGUGGUGGUCAGGACCUCCCUGGUUGCAAAAGUCGCCAAGUGAUUGGCCAAAAUCUUUGGUUGAAUUUAAGGGUGAACUUCCUGAAAAAAGGAAAGAAGUUGUUACUUAUUCCGUGCAGCUCUCCGAUCCAUUUCCAAUGACGAGAUUUUCAUCUUUUAAAAGAUUACAAAGGGUAGUUGCAUGGUGUCUCAGAUUUAUGUCAAAUUGUAAAAAGCCAAAAACAACCAGAAUCUUUGAGCCACUAUCCGCAAUUGAACUUGAUCAGGCCACAAAAUAUUUGGUAAUUGUUUCCCAACGAGAGAGUUUUGGUCAAGAACUUACUCUGUUAGCAAAAAAUAAACCAUUACAAAGAGGUACUCGAAUUUUAAGUCUCAACCCUUUUAUCGACAGGGAUUGUGUACUUCGUGUGGGUGGACGCCUGCAAGAAUCUUCUGCUACUUUUGACAAGAAGCAUCCUGCAAUCCUUUCAGGUAGUCACAUUUUAACUAAGCUUUUUUACUUAUGA